AUGUCAAGGAAUGUGUUCUUUCUUAAGCUAUGUGACGUUACCAGCUGCUGUCUGAAGCUGGUUGAACCUCGAGUGCAUAGACAGGAUGACAUGCAGUCACAAGCUCUUGGUAGUCUUCCUUUAGAUCCAGGUGUUGUCAUAACUCAGAUUCCAAGGCCACAAAUGUUGAAAAGUUUUGAAGCAACUUCUAAAGUCGAAAUUAGUUGUCGGGGAUAUAAAGACUUUCGAGAACAGGAUGAUAUUGAAAAUCCGAAGUCCAUUCAAUGCGUUCAAGUUGAGAACGUAGUAUCGAUUUCCGAGCAUGUACCUAGCUCAUUAGAAAGGGGAGUUGAAUACAUCAUUUAUGAGGAUAUAGAAAUGAAAUAG